CGCAGAGGGUGCCGACCUGCCCCGUCCGCCCCGGCGAGGCCGCCGCUUUUAUCGCUCCUGUUCGGCCUCCAGCCGCGAUCUAUCCUGCUCUGCUCUGAUCUGCUCUGCCGUCGCCACCGCCGCUGCCGUCGGAUCUCGCUGCUCGUUCUCCCACCCACUUUGCAUCGUAUCCAUCUUCAGGCCCACAACCAUGCUGCGUCAAGGUGCCAUCGCCGCCGCCCGUCUGGCCGUCCCCCGUCUGCGUGCCCCGCUUUCGCUUGCCACACGAUCCUUCAGCUCGUCGCUGCGUGCUGCCACGGCUGUCCCUCAGCUCGGCCAUUUCAAGCUGCCUGACGUCCGCAACGAGCCCAUGUUGAACUAUGCUCCAGGCAGCCCCGAGCGUGCCAAGCUUGAGCAGGCCAUCAAGGAAAUCAGACGCGAUCUGGCCGAGAAGGGCCCCUACCGAGUCCCCACCAUUGUCAACGGCGAAGAGUUCUUCGAAGGAGACGCCCAGGCUCAGUCUAUGCCUUUCGAGCACAGCACCAAGCUCUGCACUUACCACAAUUCCAGCGCCGCCACCAUCCGCAAGGCCAUCGAUACCGCUCUCGCCGCCAAGCCUGCCUGGGAGGCCAUGCCUUUCAACGAUCGUGCCGCCAUCUUCCUCAAGGCUGCUGACUUGCUCUCGGUCAAGUACCGCUACAAGCUGCUGGCUGCUACCAUGCUUGGCCAGGGCAAGAAUGUCUGGCAGGCUGAGAUCGAUGCUGCCGCCGAGCUUGCUGACUUUUGGCGAUUCAACUGCCAGUAUGCCUCUGACAUCUACGCUCAGCAGCCCACCAAGAACUCCGAGCUGUACUGGAACAGACUCGAGUACCGCCCUCUGGAAGGCUUUGUUACCGCCUACUCGCCCUUCAACUUCACUGCCAUUGGCGGCAACCUCGUCGCCGCCCCCGCUCUGAUGGGCAACGUUGUCAUCUGGAAGCCCUCGCCCGCUUCGAUCUACUCCAACUACGUCAUCAUGGAGAUCCUCAAGGAGGCUGGUCUUCCUGACGGCGUCGUCCAGUUCGUCCCCGGUGAUGCCGAGCUCGUCACCAACGAGACCUUCAACCACCCCGACUUUGCUGGUCUCCACUUCACCGGCAGCACUCAUGUUUUCAAGAUGCUGUGGCAGAAGAUCUCCAACAACCUGGACAUCUACAAGUCCUACCCCCGCAUCGUCGGCGAAACCGGUGGCAAGAACAUGCAUUUCCUGCACAAGUCUGCCGAUGCCCGCCACGCUGCGCUCCAGACCAUCCGCGCCGGCUUUGAGUACCAGGGUCAGAAGUGCAGUGCUUGCUCGCGCGUCUACGUUCCCGAUAACCUGUGGGACGAGUUCCGUGAGACCAUCGUCACCGAAGUCAAGAAGAUCAAGCAGGGCCCUGUCGAUGACUUUACCAACUUCUGCGGCGCGGUCAUCAACAAGCCAUCGUACGACAAGAUCACCGGCUACCUCAAGAACAUCAAGAACGGCGAUGGCGUCAGCUCCAUCCUUGUUGGCGGCAACUUCUCGGACGCCAAGGGCUACUUCAUCGAGCCCACCGUCGUUGUCACCAAGGACCCUCACUCCAAGACCAUGACCGACGAACUCUUUGGCCCCGUCGUCACCGUCUACGUCUACCCCGCCGAUAAAUACGAGGAGACUCUCGAGCUGGCAGACAAGACUACCUCCUAUGGCCUGACGGCCGGUAUCUUUGCCAGCGACCGCUACGCGCUGAUCGCUGGUGCCAACAAGCUCCGCAACGCUGCCGGCAACUUCUACCUCAACGACAAGUGCACUGGCGCCAUUGUUGGCCAACAGCCCUUUGGUGGAAGCCGUGCCUCGGGCACCAACGACAAGGCUGGCUCUGCUCUCAACCUGUACCGCUGGAUCUCGCCCCGGACCAUCAAGGAGUCUUUUGUUCCCAUCACUGCCUUCGACUACCCCUCCAACAAGCAGUGAUUGCAUCCCUUUCCGUCCAUUUGCCCCUGGCUCCUCGGUCGCAGGGCCGUUCAUCACGCCUACAUCACCCCCACCGCAGCCUUGGCCUCGAGCGCUGCAGCACAAGGCAUUUGAAUAUAUUGAGUUUGUUGCGACAGA